UUAAGAAAACUAAUAAAAAUGAAUUUACAAAAAAUUCUUACAAUUGUUAGUUUAUUUAUAGUGUCGUUGGCCAUAACAUAUGCUUGCUUUAUAACUAACUGUCCUCCCGGUGGUAAACGAUCUCUGGCACCGGAAAGUCCCAAAAGACAAUGUACUCGUUGUGGACCGUCAGGAGUGGGCCGUUGUUUUGGUCCAUCCAUAUGUUGUGGUGCAUCGAUUGGGUGUCAUAUUAAUAAUAAGUAUACUGCCGUUUGCUUUACUGAAGAUUAUACUCCUCGUCCCUGUUUUAAUGAGGGUAAGGUAUGUGCUAACGGAAAAGGUAUCUGUGCUCUGGACUCGACGUGUUGUACUUCAGUCGGUUGCUUUAUGGAUAAGAGCUGUCAAACAAAUCAAAUUAAAGGGUCGACUGAAGAGAGAAUUUGGUCAAACUAUGGGGACUAA